AUGGAUCAUAAUUUUCAGACAGCUGCGCAUGAUAAUGUAUGGGAUAAGAAUAUACACCUAAAGGGAAGAUUUGGCGCAAGAACUAGCAGAUUGUUCAAAGGAAAAACGGAACAUAAGUCUCCAAAAAGAUAUGCAUAUUCAAAAGAAAAAAUAAUAGAUAUAUUAGAAGAAAAUAUAAUCCACUUCUAUGAUGGAAAAUAUCAGAUAUCACCCAAGCACUUCACCUUUGUAGACAACAUUGACAGACAAUUUAGUGCAUUAAACAAAAGUGAUGAUUUAAACAGCUUAUUUAAUCCAUCGGAGUCUGUGAAUGAUGAUAAAAAAAAAAAAGGAUAUCUUAAUAUACUGCAAGAAGCAACUAAUAUAGAAAUAACCGAUGAUUCAAUUAUUCUUAUAUUUUUAAAAAAAAUUGAUUCUAAAUUUGAAUCAGAAAUAUUCCGUUUACUGAAAAAAGAUAACAAAUAUUAUCUAAGUAAGCACAAACCCGGAAUUUUAUGGAGCUUUUUAGAAAGAAAUAAAAUAUUUAUGCCAUUCGUAGUUAACGUGUUCAUAAUAAUUAUAUGCGCAUUACAUGUCUCAGAUCUGUGUGUCUGUACCUAUCAAAUAUUAGGAUUUUUUAUGGCAAUUUACUUUAAGUAUAAAAAACAUAAAUGUCAGAAAGUUUUGAAACGAAGUUAA